AUGAUGAUUGUAUGUGAGUGGGUGUGAGUAUAUUAUCCUCUAAAAGUCUAAGCCGUUGGUGGGGGGGGGGGUACUAAGCUAACAUAUGUAGGUACUAAGCUAACAUAUGGAGGUACUAAGCUAACAUAUGGAAUUGUUUUAUUGAGAUGGUCAUACCAUGGAUCAUUUAGCUAUUGGUUUUGAAUUUUAGGACCCCUUUAGGUAUCUCCAUUUUUUGAUUUUGUAUUACUACUAUAGCCCAUAGAAACGCAUUGAAUAACACAUUCAUAAAUGGCAAAAAAGACAGUCAAUAAAUACAUCAUUAGGAAUAAGGUUUUGAAGUGUCUGUCCUAUAUAAGAGAUAUAUUAGAAAGCGCAUGUUUUUUUAUUUGUAUUAUUGACAUAUUUAACCCCUUUAUUUUUGUUGGUACAAAACUACCUCCAUACUUCCAUUCAUUUGUAUGGGUUACCUUUGAACGAAUCCGUGACACUUGUGGGGGUCGUAGAGCAAAAUGGAGAACACCAUGUUCGUGAGAGUCAUCUUUGAAUAGAGUUUGUAGGCCAAACCGUUCGGACGCUACAGACAGAAGUUGGCACGUCAGCAUUACCGACUUCAGAUGAGUCCCGUGGGGGUCGUAGAGCAAAAUUGAGAACAUUAUCGUAUUCGUGAGAGUCUCAUCUUUCCAUAUACAGUGCCUAGCAAAAGUAUUUUGUUGCAUUACAACCUGUAAUUUAAAUGGAUUUUUAUUUGGAUUUCAUGUAAUGGACAUACACAAAAUUGUCCAAAUUGGUGAAGUGAAAUGAAAAUAAUUACUUGUUUCAAGAAAUUCUACAAAAUACACAGGCAAGGAGGGCAUUAAUCAGAGAGGCAACAAAGAGACCAAAGACAACCCUGAAGGAGCUGCAAAGCUCCACAGCGGAGAUUGGAGUAUCUGUCCAUAGGACCACUUUAAGCCGUACACUCCACAGAGCUGGGCUUUACGGAAGAGUGGCCAGAAAAAAGCCAUUGCUUAAAGAAAAGAAUAAGCAAACACAUUUGUGUUCACCAAAAUGAAUGUGGGAGACUCCACAAACAUAUGGAAGACGGUACUCUGGUCAGAUGAGACUAAAAUUGAGCUUUUUGGCUAUCAAGGAAAACACUAUGUCUGGCGCAAACCCAACACCUCUCAUCACCCCGAGAACACCAUCCCCACAGUGAAGCAUGGUGAAGGGCAGCAUCAUGUUUUUCAUCGGCAGGGACUGGGAAACUGCUCAGAAUUGAAGGAAUGAUAGAUGGCGCUAAAUACAGGGAAAUUCUUGAGGGAAACCAGUUUCAGUCUUCCAGAAAUUUGAGACUGGGACGGAAGUUCACCUUCCAGCAGGACAAUGACUCUAAGCAUACUGCUAAAGCAACACUUGUGUGGUUUAAGGGGAAACAUUUAAAUGUCUUGGAAUGGCCUAGUCAAAGCCCAGACCUCAAUCCAAUUGAGAAUCUGUGGUAUGACUUAAAGAUUGCUGUACACCAGCGGAACCUAUCCAACCUGAAGGAGCUGGAGCAGUUUUGCCUUCCUUGAAGAAUGGGCAAAAAUCCCAGUGGCUAGAUGUGCCAAGCUUAUAGAGACAUACCCAGAGAGACUUGCAGCUGUAAUUGCUGCAAAAGUUGGCUCUACAAAGUAUUGACUUUGUGGGGGUGAAUAUUUAUGCACGUUCAGUUUUUUGUCUUAUUUCUUGUUUGUUUCACACCAAAAAAUAUUUUUCAUCUUCAAAGUGGUAGGCAUGUUGUGUAAAUGAAAUGAUACAAACCCCCCAAAAAUCAAUUUGAAUUCCAUGUUUGUAAGGCAACAAAACAGGAAAAAUGCCAAGGUGGGUGAAUACUUUCGCAAGCCACUGUCGUGGUCAUAUUAGUUUGGACGCUACAGACUUUUUUGUGAGAAGACCAAUUUCUGGGAUGUUUCAUAGUCUGACAAACACCGCUGUAGCUCGAUCACCUUCCACCGCAGAUGCUGAAGGCCCACAGGCAGCAAAAAAACCUAUAUCUAGCUUAAGCUAACGGAUUUUGAUGGGGAUUUUUUUUAUGUUACUUAGAUUGACGCAUGGGUGCGUCAAUAGACUCUUAAGGAUUAUGUGUGUGUGACCAAAUGAUGAAGUGUGUGUUGGAGUGUCAGUGUGCAUGAGUGUGUAGGGCCCUGUGAGUGUGCAUAGAGGCAGUGCACAAAUAAAAUACAUACAAUACCAGUCAAAAGUUUGGACACACCUUCUACAUUGUAGAAUAAUAGUGAAGACAUCAAACUUUGAAAUAACACAUAUGGAAUCAUGUAGUAACCAAAGAAGUGUUAAACAAAUAUAUUUUAUAUUUGAGAUUCUUCAAAUAGCCACCCUUUGCCUUGAUGACAGCUUUGCACACUAUUGGCAUUCUCUCAACCAGCUUCACUUGGAAUGCUUUUCCAACAGUCUUGAAGGAGUUCCCACAUAUGCUUAGCACUUGUUGGCUGCUUUUCCUUCACUCUGCCGUCCGACUCAUCCCAAACCAUCUCAAUUGUGUUGAGGUCGGGGGAUUGUGGAGGCCAGGUCAUCUGAUGCAGCACUCCAUCACUCUCCUUCUUGGUAAAAUAGCCCUUACACAGCCUGAAGGUGUGUUGGGUCAUUGUCCUGUUGAAAAACAAAUGAUAGUCCCACUAAGCCCAAACCAGAAGGGAUGGCGCAUCGCUGCAGAAUGCUGUGGUAGCCAUGCUGGUUAAGUGUGCCUUGAAUUCUAAAUAAAUCACAGACAGUGUCACCAGCAAAGCACCCCCACACCAUAACACCACCUCCUCCAUGCUUUACGGUGAGAACUACACAUGCAGAGAUGAUCCUUUCACCCACACCGCGUCUCACAAAGACACGGCGGUUGGAACCAAAAAUCUCCAAUUUGGACUGCAGACCAAAGGACAAAUCUCCACCGGUCUAAUGUCCAGUGCUCAUGUUUCUUGGCCUAAGCAGGUCUCGUCUUCUUAUUGGUGUCCUUUAGUAGUGGUUUCUUUGCAGCAAUUCGACCAUGAAGACCUGAUUCACACAGUCCCCUCUUAACAGUUGAUGUUGAGAUGUGUCUGUGACUUGAACUCUGUGAAGCAUUUAUUUGGGCUGCAAUAUCUGAGGCUGGUAACUCUAAUUAACUUAUCCUCUGCAGCAGAGGUAACUCUGGUUCUUACUUUCCUGUGGUAGUCCUCAUGAGAGCAAGUUUCAUCAUAGCGCUUGAUGGUUUUUGCGACUACACUUGAAGAAACUUUCAAAGUUCUUGAAAUGUUCCGUAUUGACUGACCUUCAUGUCUUAAAGUAAUGAUGGACUGUCGUUUCUCUUUGCUUAUUUGAGCUGUUCUUGCCAUAAUAUGGACUUGGUAUUUUACCAAGUAAGGCUAUCUUCUGUAUACCCCCCUUACCUUGUCAACAACACAACUGAUUGGCUCAAAGGCAUUAAGAAGGAAAUAAAUUAUUGAUGUUGGAGUUGUGCAUGGCCACGCAGUCGUGGGUGAACAGGAAGUACAGGAGGGGAACUAAGCACACACCCCUGUGGGGCCAGUGUUGCCUACCCUCACCACCUGGGAUCGGCCCGUCAGGAAGUCCACGAUCCAGUUGCAGAGGGGGGUGUUCAAGCUUAGGACAACACAGGAACUGGUGACGAGCUUGGAAGGGACAAUGGUGUUCAACGCUGGGCUGUAGUCAAUGAACAGCAUUCACAUACAGUGUCUUCGGAAAGUAUUCAGACCCCUUGAUUUUUUCCACAUUUUGUUACGUUACAGCCUUAUUCUAAAAUGGAUUAAAUAAAUAAAAAUCCUCACACACAAUACCCCAUAAUGACAAAGCAAAAACAGAUUUUUAGAAAUGUUUGCAAAUGUGUUCAAAAUAAAAAACAGAAUACUUAUUUACAUAAGUAUUCAGAACCUUUGCUAUGAGACUCGAAAUUGAGCUCAGGUGCAUCCUGUUUCCAUUGAUCAUCAUUGAGAUGUUUCUACAUCUUGAUUGGAGUCCACCUGUGCUAAAUUCAAUUGAUUGGACAUGAUUUGGAAAGGCACACACUUGUCUAUGUAAGGUCCCACAGUUGACAGGGCAUGUCAGAGCAAAAACCACACCAUGAGGUCAAAGGAAUUGUCCGUAGAGCUCCGAGACCGGAUUGUGUCGAGGCACAGAUCUGGUGAAGGGUACCAAAAAAUGUCUGCAGCAUUGAAGGUCCCCAAGAAAACAGUGGCCUCCAUAAUUCUUAAAUGGAAGAAGUUUGGAACCACCAAGACUCUUCCUAGUGCUGGCCGCCCAGCCAAACUGAGCAGAAGGGCCUUGCUCAGGGAGGUGACCAAGAACCCGAUGGUCACUCUGACAGAACUCCAGAGUUCCUCUGUGGAGAUGGGAGAACCUUCCAGAAGGACAACCAUCUCUGGAGAACUUCACCAAUCAGGCCAGACAGAAGCCACUCCUCAGUAAAAGGCACAUGACAGCCCGCUUGGAGUUUGCCAAAAGGCACCUAAAGACUCUCAGACCAUGAGAAACAAGAUUCUCUGGUCUGAUGACCCCAAGAUUCAACUUUUUGGUCUGAAUGCCAAACGUCACGUCUGUAGGAAACCUGGCACCAUCCCUACGGUGAAGCAUGGUGGUGGCAGCAUCAUGCUGUGGGGAUGUUUUUCAGCAGCAGGGACUGGGAGACUAGUCAGGAUCUAAGGAAAAAUUAACGGAGCAAAGUACAGAGAUCCUUGAUGGAAACCUGCUCUAGAGGGCUCAGGACCUCAGACUUGGACGAAGGUUCACCUUCCAACAGGACAAUGACCCUAAGCACACAGCCAAGACAACGCAGGAGUGGCUUCGGGACAAGUCUCUGAAUGUCCUUGAGUGGCCCAGCCAGAGCCCGGACUUGAACCUGAUCGAACAUCUCUGGAGAUGUGAUAUUUCCGUUUUUUAUUUUUUAUAAAUUAGCAAAAAAUUCUAAAAACCAGUUUUUGCUUUGUCAUUAUGGGGUAUUAUGUGUAGAUUGAUGAGAGAGAGAAAAAACAAUGUAAUACAUUUCAGAAUAAGAGUGUAACCUAACAAAAUGUGUAAAAAGUCAAGGGGUCUGAAUACUUUCCGAAGGCACUGUAGGUGUUCCUCUUAUCUAGGUGGGUUAGGGCCGUGUGAAGUGCCAUUGAGAUUGCGUCGUCUAUGGAUCUGUUGGGGCUGUAUGCAAAUUAGAGUGGAUCUAGGGUGUCUGGGAUGAGGGAGUUGAUGUGUGCCAUAACCAGCCUCUUAAAGCACUUCAUGAUUACAGAUGUGAGUGCUACAGGGCGGUAGUCAUUGUGACAUGAAGCCUUAGAGUUCUUGGGACGAGGAAUGAUGGUGGUCAUCUUGAAACAUGUCGGGAUUACAGACUGGCACAAGGAGAGGUUGUUCUGCGCAUGCUCUGAGAAUGCGCCCUGGAAUACCGUUGGCCCCCACAGCCUUGUGGAUGUUGACUAGGGCUGUGGCAGUCAUUACAUUUUGUCAGCCUGUUAUUAUCAUGCAAAAGACUGCCGGUUUUACGGUAAUUUACCGUUAAUUAACAUAAAAACAUUUAACAUCUCCAGGCCUCCACGCAUACAAACCGCAUACAAGCUGCUGAUUCGUGCCUUUGAAACAUUUUACAUAUUUUUUAAAAAUCUAAUAAAUCAAUGUAAUAUACACCAUCACAAUAAAUGCAUUAAUUUGGGCAGGUAUAACGAAACAUGAUAUGAAAAAAAUGUGUUUCAGAAGAACAGAAUAUGAGUUGGCCUACUGUAUGUUAUCUGGCUAUGUGCCAUGCCAUAGGCUGUAGGCUUGUUCAUUUAGCAGACAUGAGAUGCUUAUAAGUCCCGUGCCAUUGUAUGAUUUUAUAGUAAGAAGAAUAUAAUUGAAGUGUGCUGAAUAAAAUGUAAAGGAUAUUUUUCCCAUUCUGAAGCAAGUUGAGCAUAAAAGUGAUCAUUUGAAACAGGUCCUAUAGGCUGGAUUUAGAGUUAUUUGGCAACUUUAGUUGUGAAUGAUACAAAUCUUAGAAUGUCUUAGAAAUCAAAACAAAUAUGGGCUGGCUGAUGCAACUAUAGGCUUUUGAUGAUUUGAGAAAGUAGAAGAAAAAAAAGCUUGCGAUCUGUUCCUUGCCUCAGGCUGCACACGCUGUGAUCAUCAAGUGAUCAUAUUUUCACCUAUCAGACUAUUCCAGGGCCUGGCACCAGAACAAAUCAUUUGGACUGCAUUUGAUUUCUAUAGGCGGACCCGUUUUUUUCACGGGACACUAAUUUUGUUAAUGGGUGUUAUAAUAAAGACCAUAAGCAGCUGGUGAGUUUCAAGUUUGGGGAAGCUUACAAUUUAAACCUACCAUUUCUACCUACUGUAUCUGCGUGCCAGUUAUGAUUAUUUUUAUAUGCGCAUUUUGGUGGAAUAGUUUAAUUUAAAUAAUAACGUUUUCGUUUCUCAAAAUUAUUGUCACGUGGUUAAUCAUAAUCUGAAUUAAAAUGAUAAAAAUCGACAAGUUAAAAUUCAACUAAUGCAAGAGCAUCAGCCUUUGCCAUAUGGACACAUUGAUAUGCCGUGAUCCAUUGGCUGCUAAAUAAAUUUGCGCAUGGAACUCAAGAGAUGGCCUAUAGACAAUGCAGCAGUAGGCCUAUAACUUCCAUCGUCAACUAAGUAAAAUACAUAGGCCUAAAGCCGACAAAUAAAAACAGUAGAGAAUCUCUUGAUGAAAAUGUAGGUUCUUUCAAUCGUAUUAAUCUGCCUCCCUUUCGAUUUGUCUUGACUUGAGCUAUUGCCUAGUGAAGCGCAACUAUGUAUCAACUCAGCAGGUUGGCGUGCUCAGGCGCGCGCUACCUCAAGGUUAUCAGGACAGAGACGCCACACACAUGCUCAUUGCUCACAUGGAGCACUCCAAACAAAAGACAAUGAAAAAAUGGACAAAACUCCUAAAUGAUGGUUAUGAAAUAAACCAAGCAAGUUGUGAACUCUGGCAUUCAACGUUUCCACUCUGAGAAUGGGAACGGUAAAUUACUGUAAUGCAAUAACAGAAAUGAAUGUAACCAUAUUACGGGGAUUAACGGUGCAUUUACUAGGCCGACUGGUUACAUAUGUAAUGUGAAUUGGUCAAAAUAAACAAUCAAAGGGCAAACAAUUCACACAAUGAAACAAUGAAUGUGCAAGAAUUGGCGGGAGACAGCGGAGCACAUUCUGGAGAGCAGAGUGCAUGCAUUCUGGAGAGAGAAGGCCAUAUCUUCGCCUCACACCCCUCCCCUUCUUGUCUCAAAAUGUUUUAUUAUACUCAAGACACAUUAUCUUCACACAUUUUAGAUGCUUUUCAAUGACAGCCGCAGGCCUACUGCCACGCUCGCUGGCCAAAUUGCUGCCUUCCCAAAUAGACAUAGGCCUAAAUACUUGUGAUUUAAAACAAUCCACAGCUAUUUUGUUUUAAAUAAGCUUUUGAUCCUCUAAAUCAAGCUCUCUGGUAAAGUAUUUUGAAUGAUUUUAUUUAUAUAUAAUUUUGGCAAAUCAUCAAUUUACUUUAGGGGAAGUCAGCAUCUGAACAGUGCACUAUGCACCCACCAACUUUCCUUUCUAAUUCGCAAGUGGCUGAAACCAGAGAUCUGUAUAUAAUGACGAAAUGCUCAUGUCUCCGCCCUAACAAUGCGAGUCGUUGUCCCAAAGGCGGGAAUUUAGGCGACAAGCUUAGGUCUGCAUAUUACAGUAUGCCCAUAGAAACGCAUCAGACAGCAUCAGAUACAUGGUCUACACAUACGGAGACAGAGGGGCGCCGUUUCACUCGCACGGAUGCUUUAUAUGAGAUUGCCGCAUCUUUCUCUCGGCGCGCGUCUCGAUCAAAUAAAUUAUCAAUAUUUCGCUAUUUUAUUUGGAUGGGCAAAGGGGUAUGGUAAGGCGGUCCAGGUCGCCUAGGGCCCGCCCAUAACGCUGGCCCUGGACUAUUCUCAAUUGAAUCUUGUCUUUACUAAUAUGUAAAAUUAGUUUUGAUUUAGAAUGGCCCAUUAUCAAAUAGGCAGGAACAGGGGCAGGGUAUGCACUUGAAUAGCGAAUGGCGUUCCUGCCGGUUGUUUUUUUUCUCAGUCAUGCUGGGUAGGCUACUCCAGUUAUUUCACUCCACACAUCAAGCACUGUUUGAGGAGCAUGCAGCCUCUCGCUGCGCAACAGUUGAUAUUUCGCACAAACGCUGUAUGCCAUGGGCUCUCCAACCCUAUUCCUGCAGCUACCCAGUUUGGUGGUAAUACGGUCAACAGAACAGCCCUAGUGUUAACCUGAUUAAUGACCUUACUCACGUCUGCCUCGUCAGGUUGCUGGUUCAUAUCUGGCUCAAAGGACCAAUAAGGCCUUUUCCACACAAAAGCAUAUCAGAGGACUGACCCAACCCUCUAUUCCGCCAUCUUCUUUCUCUGUCUAUCUCUCUUUCUGGCUCUGUCUCUCUCUCUCGCUCUCUCUCUACUACACAGGAGCUGGAGUUCCAUUCCCUGCCCGAGGCUCUGUCCUUUGUGUCUUUGGUGGAUGGCUACUACCGGCUAAUAGCAGACGCCCACCACUACCUGUGUAAAGAGACGGCGCCCCCUAAGCUGCUGGAGGCCAUUCAGAGCUACUGCCAUGGCCCGGUCUUGUACGUCAAGUAUAUGUGCGCAAACGCACACACUCGCACACGACCAUGACUGACCCCAUCUGUCCUCUCCCUCUCUGUCCUCAGGAUGGAGUUUGCCAUCAGUAAGCUGCGACGGUCUGGGAAUCAUAAGGGUCUGUACAUCCUCCGCAGCAGCCCUAAGGACUACAACAAAUACUUCCUGACCUUUGUAGUGGAGGUGAGUAAAAUGCAUGAUACUGGUGCUGUGUGACCUGAUGGAUUGUGUGUCCCCAGAGUCCCUGACCCACUGGUCUAACUUUUUAAUUUUAAUUGAAUUAAAACUAGAACUAUAUUUUAUCCAUGUUUAUCUUGUAUCCAUGUUUAGUCCAGGUCAGACUUAUGGGUAGCCUUUCUCCUCGUGUACAUAUGUAACCUUACCGUCAAAAGUCUGUCUCUGUAUGUACAGUUGAAGUCGGAAGUUCACAUACACCUUAGCCAAAUAUAUUUAAACUCAGUUUUUCACAAUUCCUGACAUUUAAUCCUAGUAAAAAUUCCCUGUCUUAGGUCAGUUAGGAUCACCACUUUAUUUUAAGAAUGUGAAAUGUCAGAAUAAUAGUAGAGAGAAUGAUUUAUUUCAGCUUUUAUUUCUUUCAUCACAUUCACAGUGGGUCAGAAGUUUACAUACACUCAAUUAGUAUUUGGUAGCAUUGCCUUUCAAUUGUUUAACUUGGGUUAAACGUUUUGGGUAGCCUUCCACAAACUUCCCACAAUAAGUUGGGUGAAUUUUGGCCCAUUCCUCCUGACAGAGCUGGUGUAACUGAGUCAGGUAUGUAGGCCUCCUUGCUCGCACAUGCUUUUUCAGUUCUGCCCACACAUUUUCUAUAGGAUUGAGGUCAGGGCUUUGUGAUGGCCACUCCAAUACCUUUACUUUGUUGUCCUUAAGCCAUUUUGGCACAACUUUGGAAGUAUGCUUGGGGUCAUUGUCCAUUUGGAAGACCCAUUUGCGACCAAGCUUUAACUUCCUGACUGAUGUCUUGAGAUGCUGCUUCAAUAUAUCCACAUAAUUUUCCUUCCUCAUGAUGUCUGUUUUGUGAAGUGCACCAGUCCCUCCUGCAGCAAAGCACCCCCACAGCAUGAUGCUGCCACCCCCGUACUUCACGGUUGGGAUGGUGUUCUUCGGCUUGCAAGCAACUCCCUUUUUCCUCCAAACAUAACGAUGGUCGUUAUGGCCAAACAGUUAUAUUUUUGUUUCAUCAGACCAGAAGACAUUUCUCCAAAAAGUACGAUCUUUGUCCCCAUGUGCAGUUGCAAACCGUAGUCUGGCUUUUUUAUGGCGGUUUCCUUGCUGAGCGGCCUUUCAGGUUAUGUCGAUAUAGGACUCGUUUUACUGUGGAUAUAGAUACUUUUGUACCUGUUUCCUCCAGCAUCUUCACAAGGUCCAUUGCUGUUGUUCUGGGAUUGAUUUGCACUUUUCGCACCAAAGUACGUUCAUCUCUAGGAGACAGAACGCGUCUCCUUCCUGAGCGGUAUGAUGGCUGCGUGGUCCCAGGGUGUUUAUACUUGCGUACUAUUGUUUGUACAGAUGAACAUGGUACCUUCAGGCGUUUGGAAAUUGCUCCCAAGGAUGAACCAGACUUGUGGAGGUCUACAAUUUCUUUUCUGAGGUCUUGGCUGAUUUCUUUAGAUUUUCCCAUGAUGUCAAGCAAAGAGGCACUGAGUUUGAAGGUAGGCCUUGAAAUACAUCCACAGGUACACCUCCAAUUUACUCAAAUUAUGUCAAUUCAGAAGCUUCUAAAGCCAUGACAUCAUUUUCUGGAGUUUUCCAAGCUGUUUAAAGGCACCAUCAACUUAGUGUAUGUGAACUUUUGACCCACUGGAAUUGUGAUACAGUGAAUUAUAAGUAAAAUAAUCUGUCUGUAAACAAUUGUUGAAAAAAUUACUUUUGUCAUGCACAAAGUAGAUGUCCUAACCGACUUGCCAAAACUAUAGUUUGUUUAGUUUUAAUGACUCUAACCUAAGUGUAUGUAAACUUCUGACUUCAACUGUAUCUCUCUCUAAACUGUUCCCCGUCUCUUCUCUGAAGCAGUGUGACAGCCUGGUGGAGUAUAAGCACUGCCAGAUAGUGAAGACGGACCAGGGAGAGUACAUUCUCUCUGGGGCUAAGAAGAGCUUCAGCUCUCUGAGGGAGCUGCUCCACUGCUACCAGAAGGAGGUGCUGUGCUCUGAUGGACACAUCUUCAAGCUCACCAAGUGUUGCCCGCUAAAGGUGAGAGGUCAGGGGAUAAGGGGCAACAAGGGGUCAUAGCUGUGUUUAUAAUAACAUAAACUGGCCUACUUGAUUUCAUUGGCCAAUGUUAGCAAUUUGGGCUAACGUUUGGACUGGCUCUCUAGCCUCACUCAAAACUGCACUAUCCUUCAAAAGGAGACGUGACACAAGUCUUGUAGUUCUUGCACUAGUUCAGUGAUUCUCAAACUGGAGAACGUUUUGGGGGGAGUGUGAAACUGAAUGGGGAAAAAUACAUUUAAAUAAUUAUUUUAAUAGACUACAUACAGUGCAUUCGGAAAUUAUUCCUACCCCUUCCCUUUUUCCAAAAAAAAUGUCCCACAUUUUGUUAUGUUACAACCUUAUUCUAAAAUGGAUUAAAUUAAUUGUUUUCCUCAUCAAUCUACACAUUAUAAUUUGACCUCUGAGAAAUUAAGCUAGUUGAUUGCAUCCAAAUUGGCCAUUUAAAUGUAUAUGCUUGAUAUAAUAUUCAAUAAAUAUAGUACCUAACAACCGAUUUGGGCCAAACUUUUUUCUAACAAGGAGUUAGAUAUGAGGAUCCAAAGGAAUGGUCGAAAGCUACCCACGGACCCCCCACACCUCACACAAAUUCCACCCCAACAACAAGCAUAUACAGUGCAUUCGGAAAGUAUUCAGACCCCUUGACUUAAAAAAAUAUAUAUAUACAUUACAGCCUUGUUCUAAAAUUGAUUAAAUAAAUACAUUCUCAUCGAUCUACACACAAUACCUCAUAAUGACAAAGCGAAAACAGGUUUUUAGACAUUUUUGCACAUUUAUAAAAAAAAUAAAAAAAUACCUUAUUUACAUAAGUAUUCAGACUCUCUGCUAUGAGACUCAAAAUUAAGAUCAGGUGCAUCCUGUUUCCUCUGUGGAGAUGGGAGAACCUUCCAGAAGGACAACAAUCUCUGCAGCACUCCACCGAUCAGGCCUUUAUGGUAGAGUGACCAGACAGAAGCCACUCCUCAGUAAAAGGCACUUGACAGCCCGCUUGGAGUUUGCCAAAAGGCAUCUAAAGGACUCUCAAACCAUGAGAAACAAGAUUCUCUCAUCUGAUGAAACCAAGAUUGAACUCUUUGGCCUGAAUGUCAAGUGUCACGUCUGGAGGAAACCUGGCACCAUCCCUACGGUUAAGCAUGGUGGUGGCAGCAUCAUGCUGUGGGGAUGUUUUUCAGCGGAGGGACUGGGAGACUAGUCAGGAUCGAGGGAAAGAUGAACGGAGCAAAGUAAAGAGAGAUCCAUGAUGAAAACCUGCUCCAGAGCGCUCAGGACCUCAGACUGGGGAGAAGGUUCACCUUCCAACAGGACAACGACCCUAAGCACACAGCCAAGACAACGCAGGAGUGGCGUCGGGACAAGUCUCUGAAUAUCCUUGAGUGGCCCAGCCAGAGCCCGGACUUGAACCCUAUCGAACAUCUCUGGAAAGACCUGAAAAUAGCUGUGCAGCGACGCUCCCCAUCCAACCUGACAGAGCUUGAGAGGAUCUGCAGAGAAGAUUGGGAGAAACUCCCCAAAUACAGGUGUGCCAAGCUUGUAGCGCCAUACCCAAAAAGACUCAAGUCUGUAAUCACUGCCAAAGGUGCUUCAACAAAGUACUGAGUAAAGUGUCUGAAUACUUAUGUAAAUGUGAUAUUUCGUUUUUUUUAUUUUUAGUAGAUUAGCAACAAUGUAUAUAAACCUGUUUUUGCUUUGUCAUUAUGGGGUAUUGUGUGUAGAUUGAUGAGGGGGGGAAAACAAUUUAAUCCAUUGUAGAAUAAGGCUGUAACGUAACAAAAUGUGGAAAAAGUCAAGGGGUCUGAAUACAUUCUGAAUGCACUGUAUACCAUUUUAGAUUUUAUAAUUCAAAAGGCACUCGCACAUCUGAGCUCUUUUUUGCAAGUUGAGGAAGAUCAGUAAAAAGACAAGCAUACCAUAACAAAAUGUAUGUAGCCCACUAGCUGCAUUCUACCCUACAUUCACUGGUUCACUGAUAACUUAAGGAGUUACCGGGGAGACAAAGACACUCUUUAUAUACUCCUAACUCUACAUCUUCUCUGUCCCCUCUUCCUGCAGACAAGUCUAACCUGUUGGUGUGCAGGAGUAACCAGGGCGCUGAGGUACCUCUCUACCCCUCCCUCCACAGACACAUUAGCCAGAUGGUGUUCCACAAGAUACGCAAGGAGGACCUUGUUAUCGUAAGAUACCUCUCUCAAUCACUCUUUUUCUACCUAUCUCUAUUCCUCCUCAUGCAUUACUAAAAUGAAUAGCUCUGGUCAAUUAGGUUGCGAGCAGAGGCCACUGGGUUCUGUACACACACACACACACACACACACACACACACACACACACACACACACACACACACACACACACACACACACACACACACACAAAAGAAGACUUCUAUCUGAAGAGGUGUUGGGUAGUAACAGACUUGCCACUUAAGCACCAGGAAAUGUAUUGUGUUCCCUGUGUGUUACAGAAAGAUAGUCUGGGUCAGGGAACGUUGUGUUGGGUAGUAACAGACUUGUAACUUAAGCACCAGGGAAUGUAUUGUGUUCCCUGUGUGUUACAGAAAGAUAGUCUGGGUCAGGGAUCUUCUGUGGCGUGAGGAAGGAGCUCGGGGACUACGGAGAGAUUCACCAGAUGGACAUCAUCGUCAAGAUCCUGGACAAGGCCCAUCGCAACUACUCAGAGGUUAGUUAAGAAAAUUACACUCCCAUCAGUAAGAGAUUAAUCCUAACUUAGUCUUUGAUUGAGAUCAAUGCAUUAAUAAGUGAAAAUUCCAUUUAAAUCCAAGUUAGGAUUUGACCCUAAGAGACCUGUAGUGUUCAGGAGCUAGUCUUGAUUUGACUUGAAUACAACUCAGAGUUCAAAUCUGCAUCCAUUCUUAAAAGGUACAAGAAAAUGUCGUUUUGCCAGUGGUAUUUGUUAAUUUCCUAUAAUUUGCAUUUUCAAAUGUGUCUCUGACCUCUCUUUCGCCAGUCUUUCUUUGAAGCCGCCAGUAUGAUGAGCCAGCUGUCCCAUAAGCACCUGCUCCUCAACUAUGGCGUGUGUGUCUGUGGGGAGGAACGUAAGUGACAUCCCACAAUUCAGUUAUACUGUAUCUCCCGCCCUUUCCUCUGAUAGCCUACCUUUCCCUGUCACGGACGUUGAAGGACGGGUCAGACCAAGGCGCAGCGUGAAAUGCAUCCAUGUUUAUUAAACCGAAUAAACAUACAAAACAACAACAGGCAACGAAACGUGACGUCGGAAGGCUAUACACACACAAGCCAAACUCACAGAGCACAAAACAAGAUCCCACAAAACAGGCAGGAAAACUGGCUGCCUAAGUAUGAUCCCCAAUCAGAGACAACGAGCGACAGCUGCCUCUGAUUGGGAACCACACCCGGCCAAACAUAGAAAUACAAACAUAGAAUCAACACACACAUGAUAUUCACACCCUGACCAAACUAACUAGAGUUCUAUAGAUCAGGGCGUGACACUCCCUCCCAACCAUAGCCCCUGAACUCUCCCUACCUCCCUGCCCUCUCUACAACACUGUUGUCCUCUCUCUGUCUGUUUCCCCAGUCAGUGUCGUCCGUUUGAGGAUCAGUGAAGGUGUCUAUGGUGAUGGGAUAGGGGUGUAUUUCUACUGGAGUCGUGCUGGGGCUGGAUGAAACACAACAGGGUCAUGUUCAUUAGGGCAUGUAACGGAACACAAAAAUGAGUUUCUUAUUGGACAAGUCCAGGUAGUCCCUCCCUGUUGGUCAGUUUUCUUCCAUUUGGUGCCUAAUGAACACCACCCUGGCCACAUGGCUCGUGCUCUCUGUGGGUUAGCAUCAGGGCCAGCAUUGGUCACCACACUGUCUGUCUGGACUAAAAGGCUUAAAGUAGCUGUGAUUGCUGUGACCUGUGACUACUGAACGGACUGAUGCACUGGGUUAAUCCUAUUAUGUUACGUAAUGACUGGAACAGCCAGCUAGUACAUGAAGUGCUGGCUCAGCAUAUUAUUAUUAUUUUUUCAAAACAAUUUUAGUCAUUUAGCAGACGCUCUUAUCCAGAGCGACUUACAGUUAGUGAGUGCAUACAUUAUUUUAAUUUUUUUCCAACCCUGGCGUUGCAAGCGCCAUGCUCUACCAACUGAGCUACACAGGGCAUAUGAAGCAGGCCUUGCUCUAUACACUGAGUGUACAAAACAUUAGGAAUACCUACCUAAUGUUAUUUUUAUUAUUACAUUGUUAUUCAUUACUGCAUUGUUGGGUUUAGAGGUUGCAAGAAAGGCAUUUCACUGUACUUGUGCACGUGACAUUAAAACUUAAAACCUAAGGAUAGAAGGGACGGCCUUCUCCACAUUCUGUGGCAUAAGAAACUCUUCCACAUAUACAAGGUAUACAAGAAGUGUCUGUAGGAUACUAUAAACUGAGUGUACAAAACAUUAAGAACAUCUGCUCUUUCCAUGACAUAGACCGACCAGGUGAAUCGAGGUGAAAACUAUGAUCCCUUAUUGAUGUCACUUGUUAACUCUACUUCAAUCAGUGUAGAUGAAGGGGAGGAGACAGGUUAAAGAAUGAUUUUUAAGCCUUAAGACAAUUGAGAAAUUGAAUGUUUAUGUAUGCAAUUCAGAGGGUGAAUGGGCAAGACCAAAGAUUUAAGUGUCUUUGAAUAGGGUAUGGUAUUCGGUGCCAGGUGCACCGGUUUGAGCUAAGAAGUUUAACGCUGCUGGGUUUUUCACGCUCAACAGUUUCCCGUGUGUAUCAAGAAUGGUCCACCAUCCAAAGGACAUCCAGCCAACUUGACACAACUGCGGGAAGCAUUGCAGUCAACAUGGGCCAGCAUCCCUGUGGAACGCUUUCGACACCUUGUAGAGUCCAUUCCCCCGACGAAUGGAGGCAGUUCUGAGGGCAAAAGGGGGGGUGCAACUCAAUAUUAGGAAGGUGUCCUUAAUGUUUUGUACACUCUGUGUAUUUCACUCACUAUGCUUAGUCAUGCCUGGUUUUAAAGAUGUCUGUGAUCCAACACUCGGAUGGAUCAAUUAAGAUUGAGUUGAUACAGUAUUAAUAAGAAUAUUCAUGGAGAUUGAGAUGGAGAUUGGAUGCUUUUACCCACCAGUCCUUAUUAACCAUAGAAACUUGGAAAUGGCUUGCCCUCAUCAUGGCAGUAUGGAGUUCUAUGGCAGUUUUAAGUCCCCUUUUCUACCAUUUUACCAAGUCUUGGCAUGUAUCACUGUAUUGUACUACAGUAGUACAGCUGUGAUUAAUGAAUUAUAAUCCUUUGCUUUUCAGACAUGAUGGUGCAGGAGUAUGUCAAGUUUGGGUCCCUGGAUACAUACCUGAAGAAGAACAAGAGCUAUGUGAACAUCACCUGGAAGCUAACGGUGGCCAAGCAGCUAGCCUGGGCGAUGCAUUACCUAGUAAGACCAAUCAGUCAGUUAUACAAUAAAACAAUUAAACAGUUUCAUUGCCACAUACACCACAUAAGUGCAAACAAUGACCCUAAUCUGAUAAUCUAAUCUAUCGUAAUCUGAUAGAAGGAUCUCCAGGGUUCACACACAAAAAAUGUAUGCAAUCACUGAACUGUAAAUCGCUUCGGAUAAAAGCGUCUGCUAUGUGACCUGGGUGGUCUAACAGUCAGUACCUCUGCCUACAACACACAUAGCAAUGUUGACAUGGGUUCGAAUCUGACCCACUGUCUACUGCAAAGCUUGAUGAUUAGUUUAUUAUUUGAAUCAGCGGUGUAGCGCUAGGGCAAAAACCAAAACAUGCACCCCUUGGGGUCCCGAGGACCGAGUUUAGGAAACCCUGGUGAAGUGAUGCCCUCUCCUAUCUUUCCCACUUUCUCUCUCCUCUCUGUCCAAUAAAACAUAGAAAAUACAACUGCGUCUGCUACGUGGUAUAUAAAGUACCCUAAUGGUAUUACUUCUGUUUGUAAUCUGCCACAAAUCUGUCUGUCAUAUUCUGUAUGUAACAGGAGGAUAAGAACCUGGUCCAUGGAAACGUGUGUGCGAAGAACGUGCUGUUGAGCCGAGAGGAGGACAAGAAGACUGGGAACCCUCCCUUCAUCAAACUGAGUGACCCUGGAAUCAGCAUCACUGUCCUGCCCAAAGAUGGUGAGCACCAGCCCUUGUAUCAGUUAUUACAAAGAGAUACUAAGAAAUUAUACUUCACUGAACUCUUGCGUGUUGUUUACAGGACUAUGUGCAGAUCAUUUGGCUUGGUUACACAGCUCCACAUGGCGCAGGGCAUUUAGAACCAAACAGGUCUUCCUCAGGCAGUGUUGAUGCAAUGUAUUCACUACAUGUAAAAUAUUUCAAAGGAAACAAAUACUACAUUAUUAGAUGACACUCCUCCCGUCUCCACCCCUCCUCUCUCCUCCACCAAGAGGAGAUACUAGGAAAUACGUCAAAAAAUGUUAACCAUGCAGAAAGCAUGUAGUAAUUUUUAUAAUGCCUGCUAUUUUUGUGGCUAUUGCACAGUGGCAAUGAUAUUUUUUUUUUAAACGACAUUCAUUGAACAUAUACAGUAAUCUCUCCAAUGCAUUCUCACCCCACUACUCUCUCCCUCUCAACUCUCACCUGAAGUGUGGUAGGGUAGUAAAGCGGACUACUUUAUAGUCCAUUGUCACAGGGAAACGCAUCUUCCUCCUCCUCUUCUUCUUCUUUAUGACCUCCAGUCUUGGUGGAGCGUAUCCCCUGGGUGCCUCCAGAGUGUAUAGAGGUGCCCAGCCACCUGACUCUGGCUACAGAUAAGUGGGCCUUCGGCACCACCCUUUGGGAGAUCUGUAGUGGAGGAGACAAACCACUCAGCACGCUGGACUGCUCCAAGGUAAAGACUGGGGGAGGUGUUGUUGUUGUGCAAUUCAUAUUAAUCACAGCAAUAAUAGUUCAUUUAGUUUGAAAGCCAUGUUCGAGCCAGAAACGCCCAUAGGGCAGGAGCCUAUCUCCUGUUUCUGUAGCAUUGUUUGUAUAGCACACUGUAAAUUACACCGAAAUAUCAAGGUAGUUCACAAGCAGGUAAUCAAAUAAAAGGCAGGAAAUGAAAAGCUUUCGAGCUCUGUAAGGUUUUGUUCCUCUGUUGUGGUGUGUUAUGUUUUGAGGGCCAUAGUUUGUAGUCUCCUCUUGGUAGGACAAUUAAAAUUUGUUUCAAGAAUAAAUCUGUAUUAUUGAAACCAACGUGUUUUGGGAUAUAUGCCUUCAAGGUAUUUUUCUUGCUUGAAAAAAUACCUGUUCCAUGAGGUCAAGAAGAAGGGAUAUAGUGGAUACUAUUUAAUGCCAAUGUUUCAGUGAAGAAACAUCAACAUUGUGUACUAGCUCUGAUCUUUAUAAUUUCUCUCUGUAGAAACGCCUGUUCUAUGAGGACCGCCACCAGCUGCCUGCUCCGAAGUGGACAGAGCUGGCCAACCUCAUCAACGGCUGUAUGGACUAUGAACCCUCCAACUGACCUUCCUUCAGAGCUGUCAUCAGAGACCUCAACAGCCUCUUCACUCCUGGUCAGUAGCUCUCAUCUCUUUCUACUGCUCUGCAGACAGAAAAAUAUGUAAUUCUAGUCAUUUUACUAAGACCUGAUGUUGUUCCAAUGGCUCAGUGUGUUGAACCAUAGUGCUGGCAACAUUAGGGUUGUGGGUUCAAUUCUCGCAUGGACUACAUAUACAGAAUAUAGGCUAAGGGUCAUUUUGGAUAAGUGUCUGCUAGAUUAGCAUAUUAUUAUUUAGUUGAUUUACAGAAGGUCUUGGUAUUGAUUGUGUUCUCUCCUGUCUCCUGUCCCAGACUAUGAGUUGCUGGUGGAGAGUGACAUGGUGCCCAACAGGACCAGAGGGUUUAGGUCCCAGGGGCUUUUGAAAACCAGGAGCCUGCUCAGUUUGAAGAGAGACAUCUCAUCUUCCUCAAGCAGCUGGGGAAGGUUAAACACGCGCGCAACCACACACACACACAUACUCUCUCUCUCUCUCUUCCCUUCCCUUCUCUCUUUACUCCUAUUUUAUGCACCGUCUCUGGUUGUAAUUUUUCCCCUCGUUUGCGCCGUUACAUUUCAUUUUACAUUUUUGUCAUUUAGCAGACGCUCUUAUCCAGAGCGACUUACAGUUAGUGAGUGCAUACAUUAUUUUAUUUAUUUUUCAUACUGGCCCCCCGUGGGAAUCGAACCCACAACCCUGGCGUUGCAAACGCCAUGCUCUACCAACUGCGCUACAUCCCUGCCAGCCAUUCCCUGCCCUACCCUGGACGACACUGGGCCAAUUGUGCGCCGCCCCAUGGGUCUCCCGGUCGCGGCCGGCUACGACAGAGCCUGGAUUUUCUCUCUCCAUUCUCGCUAAAUUCAUUUAUCAAUCACUCACAAAUCUCUUGUAGACAGACUACGUAAACAUAAAUGGUACCCUAGAGCUAUCAUGAUGCUUUGGACAAAUCACGAUUUCGCAGGUGUUAGCAUCUUUAGAAUUUCGGAAGGGGAGGGGACAUUUGGCCCAGACUUGCCCAUAACUUGCAAAGCGAGAGGGUGGAGCUUCUUCGUUCCGGUUCCCGAUCCUUCUCUUAACCCAUAUGGACCCAGAACAUCUAACCAAUUACAUAAAGUAUCUGACCAAUUACACAAGACUUAAAUUCUGGGUUAACCGAGAUUAAUCAUUCACACUCUCUCUCUCUUCCUCACCCCUCUUUCUGUCUCUCAGGGUAACUUUGGCAGUGUGGAGAUGUGUAGGUAUGACCCUCUGCAGGACAACACAGGGGAGGUGGUGGCAGUCAAGAAGCUGCAGCACAGCACAGCAGAACACCUCAGAGACUUUGAACGGGAGAUAGAGAUCCUCAAAUCCCUCCAGCAUGACAACAUCGUCAAGUACAACGGAGUGAGCUACAGCGCUGGUGAGAUCAAUAUAUGUCUUUCUGCUGUUGAGCAAAGUGUGAUGACCACAAUCUUCUCUCGGUCAUCUCUUAUAUGAACUCUUUUUUUGUUCCUUGAAUAUUCAACUGUUGAAAUGAAUCAUGCUACUAUGUCCCAGCUUUGUACAGUAAAUGACCAUCAUAACAAGAACUGUAAAUUACUGCAAGCUAAAGUGUUGUAGUGCUAUGCAUCUGACUGCUGUGCUGUUUAUUCAAUGCUAACCCUAUCCUAGGUCGGAGGAACCUGCAUCUGAUCAUGGAGUACUUCCCCCACGGCAGUCUGAGAGACUACCUCAUCAAGAACAAGGAUCGCGUCGACUACAAGAAGCUCCUGCAUUACGCCUCACAGAUCUGCAAGGUAGAGGACUGUUACAGCACAGUACAUUGUAAUACUGUGAAAAUACUUGAGAAAGAUGUCAUCACUGCUGCUGAUGAUUGACCCUUUUUCAAGUCCUGUCCUCCCAAUUUACUGUUGCUAUGUCCAACAAACUCAUGCAGCAGAGAGCAAUUUUCCAUUGAAACCAAUGGAGCAGAACCGUCAAAAUGAUGUUAAACUGUGUUUUUACUACUUGAUUAAAUUGAAUGCAGACAACCCCUUGCUAAUCAGGAGACUGGUGUUUGUUACUGUGGACUGUCAGGAACUUCACAGGAACUCACUGAACUUUACCUGUGUGCUCCUGCAGGGCAUGGACUACCUGGCGACCAAGCGCUACAUCCACAGAGACCUGGCCACCCGUAACAUCCUGGUAGAGAGUGAGCUGAGGGUGAAGAUAGGAGACUUUGGGCUCACCAAGGUCCUGCCUCAGGACAAGGAGUACUACACCGUCAGAGAGCCAGGAGAGAGCCCCAUCUUCUGGUGAGAAAUAAUGCCGCAACUUCUUUAGCAGGCAGUGGGAGAAUCGUGGGUACUACAGUAAUCGAUUGUUACUGUUAUUAAUAAAGUUACAGCCACAAAUGAGCUCACUACUUGGCAAUGACCAAAAUGACAAUCCUACAUUUUGAAAAAAUAUUUACUGUUUAAUAAUGUUGUAUAAGCUAUUUUAACUAAUGAUUGACUGUAUAUUUUACUUAUAAACUCUUUAUAACCCCCUUUAAAGGGUAUUUUUUUAUGAAUGCUGUGUGUAUGUUUAUUGAUAUUUGUAAGCUCAUUUUGCUUCGUUGUGUUGAAGGUAUGCCCCUGAGUCGCUGACUGAGGGCAAGUUUUCAGUGGGCUCCGACGUGUGGAGCUUUGGAAUGGUCCUAUACGAGCUGUUCACCCACAGUGACAAGAACUGCAGUCCUCCAGCCGUACGUCUCUCUCCUUUACUCUAUUCUUCAUCUUCUUCUACCUCACACUAUCAUUCUUCAUCUUUAUUACUUUUCUCCCUCAACUGUCUCCAUCAACCUUUCUCUCUUUGAUACUGCUUACUUGUUCAAAAGUGGAAAGAGCUUGAUUAAGACUUGUUCGUAGUCGUAAUUAUGUCUAUUAAAGACUCUUUCUUGUCCCAUGUGGUCUCUGUAUAUGGUUAAUAGAAAAUUACGCUGAUGCACUUCUCUUUGCAAAUUUGAUUAGUUAGCAUCCUUAAACUGAAUUUGAUGCUGUAAUUAACCCAGCUCUUACCCCCCCCCCUCCUCCUCCUCCUCUCCAGGUGUUCAUGGAUAAGAUGGGCAGUGACAAGCAGGGCCAGAUGAUAGUGUAUCACCUCACUGAUCUCCUGAAGAGAGGUUACAGACUCCCUGCUCCCCAGGGCUGUCCUGAGGAAGUGAGGCUGACUGUCUGUUUGUCUCUCUCUGUCUGUCUGUUUCUGUAUCUUGUGAAGAUCUGAUUGCCAUCUAAACUUGAGCCUCCCUCAAUACCGUAAGGCAGUCUAAACAGAGAGCUCUGUAAAUGUAUUACGUAUGUUAUGUUGUAAGUGUUUUUUGUUGUUUUUGAUAAGUAAUUGAGUUGUUGAUUGGAUAUAUCUGGUUGUUUUCACCCACGGAGUUGCAGGACUGAUUGCAGGAUGACUUGUCUGGUUUGUCUAGCUAGCUUGCUAUCUGGCUAAUAUUUGCAUUUAAAAUAUGUAUCUCAGCACUCGCUGCUUCUUGAUCAAUGGAUACCUGACUGCAUUAUGGAAAUGGAAGAGAGCUCGUAGUGAGGAUGACUGCUGGACUGGACUGAUGUGUGGCAUCACCCAAGUGGGUGUUACACGUUAGUUGUGGUGGAAUACGAAGUCCAGGCUACAGACAGGCUGAGCUGUGGACGACAUCAGGGCCAUCACCACCAGGCAUCACAGGCUACAGAGAGGCUGAGGUUAACAUCAGAGCCGGCAAGCCAAUUGCAUAAUUUUAUUGCUAUGACAUCAACUGCAUCACCAUCAUCAAACCAUAAUCUAACUCCGAUCUGCUGAGGGAGUCCUGCUCUAUGGCUAUGACAAUGUCAUCCUGUCCUUUGUUUUGUUAUACUGUAUGUGUAACCCAAGUCUGUCUAGUAGGCUAGGUCUACUGUGUAGCUUGUACCUACUAUGUUAUGUUUUUGAACCAUUUAUUUAAGAGGACCUCAAUGGAAAUACGUUUUUUUUGUGUCAUCCUCAAAUAUUUUAAAUGCAUUAUCCACUUGUGUGGUUGUAUUGUGUUUAAAAUGGUCAAAUAUAUCUAUUUACCCCUCAGAUCCACAACAUGAUGACAGAGUGCUGGAACGGUGACCCAGGCCUGCGGCCCACCUUCAAGAAGUUAGCCCAGAGUGUGGACACGUUCCAAGACAGUAAAGAGGGCUGA